CAUCUGAGACUAAUUUUCUCUCCUCCCAUUCCCAACUCCCAAGGUCGCAUCUGAGCCUUAGCUUAGUGCCCAGCGCCAUUGCUUCUCCACCAAACAAGGCCAUCCAUAGCACUUGUUCAGCACCUUCUUCUCUUCCAAACAACUUCUCCACCUUCAUUCAUUCAUCAAAGGAUAUGGCAGGGGUGAGCGUUGGGACCGGGGCGAUGAACUCCCUCCUCGGCAAGCUCACGGCCUUGCUCAGCGACGAGUACAAUCUCCUCAAGAGGGUCCGCAAGGAGAUCCAGUUCCUUGAGCGCGAGCUCAGCGGCAUGCGUGUCUUGCUGGAGAGAUUAGCUGACAUGGAGGAGAGACUCGACAUCAUGGCCAAGGGCUGGAGAGACAGAGUGCGCGAUCUUAGCUACGACAUAGAAGACUGCAUCGACCGCUUCAUGGACCGUCUUGGAAGCGGAGAUGCCAAACCCAAGUUCAUGAAGAGGACGGCGCGACGGCUCAAGACUCUGUGGGUGCGCCAUGACAUCGCGACCCAGAUCAAGGAGCUCAAGGCUCGCGUCAUGGAGGAAAGCGAGCGGCGUGACAGGUACACGCUUGAUGAGAGUUACUACAGUGCAACAAAGCCGGUGCAGAUCGACCCGCGGAUAAUUGCGAUCCAUGAGGAGGUCAAGGGCUUGGUGGCAAUGGAAGGCCCAAUGAAGCACGUCACUGCCUUGCUGAUGGAUGAGAGUAAGGACUUGAAAGUGGUGUCGAUUGUCGGAUCAGGAGGGUUGGGGAAGACAACCCUGGCCAUGGAGGUUUAUCGCAAGAUUGGAUCAGGAGGGGACUUCCAGUGCCAAGCUUGUGUGUCAGUGUCGCGCACACUUGAUCUGGUGAAGCUCCUGAAAGAUAUCUUGUCUCAGAUCGAUAAAGAUGUCUACGAAAAGUGUCAAAGUUGGGAAAAGGAACAGCUAAUCCGUGAAAUCAAACAGAUCUUGACAGGAAAGAGGUACUUCAUUGUUAUCGAUGAUGUAUGGAAAGAACAAGACUGGAAAUUGGUCAAGGCAGCAUUUCCUGAGAAUAAUAAUGGUAGCAGAAUAAUUGCUACGACACGCAUUACCGGUGUAGCUAAUCAGUGUUGUUCCAACUCCGUCAGUCAACCCUAUCAAAUGGAACCUCUAGAUGAUGUUGAUUCUCGAAGAUUGUUCUUUAAGAGAAUAUUCCGGAUGGAUGAUCCCUGCCCUGUUGAACUGGAAGAAAUUUCAACUAAGAUCUUACAAAAAUGUGGUGGUCUUCCACUAGCUAUAAUUACAUUUGCAAGUUUGCUUGCCAAUAAAACGCAUAAGAAGGAAGAAUGGGAGAGACUGCAAGAAUCCAUUGGUACUGGUCCUUCGUUUGAUAGUGAUGGGAACUUAAAAGGGAUGAAAGAUAUAUUGUUACUUAGUUACUGGGAUCUUCCACACCACCUGAAGACUUGUUUAUUAUACUUGUGUAUAUAUCCAGAGGACUCCAUGAUCAAGAUUAAACUGCUGAAAUGGAAAUGGAUAGCAGAAGGAUUCAUUGCUACACAAUGGGGAAGUUUGGAUCAAGUAGCAGAGAACUGUUUUAAUGAACUCGUUAAUAGAAAUAUGAUUCAGCCAGUUUAUGGUAAUCAUGACAGUUCGGUGAAAUAUUGUAGGGUUCAUGAUAUGGUGCUUGACCUUGUCAUAUCUUUAUCCGAUGAAGAGAAUUUUGCCACUGUUUUAAAUGGGCGUGUAUGCAAUUCAUUCCCAAAUAAGAUACGUCGUCUGUCCAUGCAAUCUAGUGGCAAAGAGAAUAAAGGGGCAGUUGGUGCAAUUACAGAAACCAAGAUACAUGUUCGCUCACUGACUGUGUUUGGGCUGCAUUAUAAUAAUCAGAUACCCUGUCUCGUGGGCUUCCAUGCUCUGCGGGUGUUGGAUCUUGCAGGAUGUGAUUGGUUGGAAAACAAGCAUGUAAAGCACAUAGGAAGUUCACGUCAGCUGAGAUAUUUGAGAAUUGACAGUUUUCAUAUUACGGAGCUACCUGGUGAAAUCGGAAAGCUGCAGCACUUAGAGACUCUGGAUUUGACAGGCUGCUCUUCACUUCCAAGACUGCCAUCAACCGUCAUGCAGUUGCGGAAAUUGGUGCGCCUAUUUGUCAGCGAUGACACACAAUUGGCUGCAGCUGGGUUCCGGAGUCUGCAGGCCUUGGAGGUGUUACGCUUCUGGGAAACCGACGACCCUGUAAGAUUUGCGGAGGAAGUAAAUGAGUUGGGGAAACACAACCUUCGUUGUCUUCAUAUUGAUGGAAAUAUGGCCAAGCGUGUGUUCUGUAAUAACCCAUGCUGCACAUACACGUGCCUCCAAGUUCUUAAAAUUCAGCCAGCCGUUGGAAUGGUUCCCAGGGGAAUGGCCUCCCUCAAGAAUGUCGUGAAGCUGGACAUGGCGGUCAUGGAAUUUGAUAAGGAGGGUCUCCAAGUCCUCAUGGGCAUGCCUUCUCUGGCCCAUCUUCAGCUAUGGGUAACAAGGAACAUCAAAGAAAAGCUGACCAUCGGUAGUGAUGUAUUCAAACUGCUAAAGUUCUUCCACUUCAAAUAUUUGUCUUACUUCCGUUCUUUUUUGGAAGAGGAACGAACGUCAUGCCUGGUGUGGCUAACAUUCGCACCAGGUGCUGUGCCAGCACUCCGACGGUUCCGUCUUGAGUUGAACCCCAUGAUGGUGGCGUCAGACUUUUUUGCAGGCUUGGGUGUCGAGCAUCUUUCAGUCCUUGCACACCUCGAGGUCGCAAUUAAUUGUUACAGUGCAGCUCCUGGCAGGGUGGAGGCUCUGGAGUCUUCCGUUGGAGAAGCAAUCAAGUUGCACCCGAACCGCAAAAUCCAUGUCAGCAGAGUCCUGGAAAACUACAUGCUUAAGUCUGACAAGGAGUGGGAAGAGUCCGUCUCAAAGAAAAGAAAGGAGUUGGAAGAACUCAAGUCACAUUGUGGAAGCUCGCACGAAGAAAGGAGACCGGAAGAAGAAGAAGAAUGAGAGAUUAACCUGCGGUCCGUGGAUCCAAGUCAAGUAAUGCAUCUGGAGAGGGGUACAAGGUUGUUCAAUCCCGUACGUCUUGCUACUUACUGCCAGUCUGCACCUCAACUGGCCGGCCACCAGCAUUUGAUUCAGUAUCUAUUCCUAUGGAGAUACCAGAUAUUCCGGAAGCGAAUUUGUUUGACUAGAUGAUUUAUUUCCUAAAUCUAUUCACCAGCCUCGCCCGUCUUGUUGGAUUUCUUGAUUAAUGAGUAGAACGAACAUUAGUAGAUGUGUUUUUAAUUCGCUGCUGGGGAAGCUUGGGAUUUGUAUCAACCCUGAAUUUUAUUCAACUCUCGUCGUAGCAAAACUCUGUUAUUAUUUGCGUAAAACUUUGUUAUUAUUUGCGUAUGGUUUACGCAGGCCAAACUGAGCUAUGUAUAGCGAUUUCUCUGCAUUUAA